UUGCGUUUUCUGCGCAGUCUCAGUUAGCACAAACAACAUAGGGAGGAUAGUGAAAAAUGACCAGAGGAAGGAUAGUAUUUCAGGAUGAGAUACUGCUAAAUCACCACAAAAAACACAUUUUUCAUGUGAACCCUGGUAUUUUAACCUCAAGAGCGUGGACCCACUGGCUCCGGGAAGCCUUUCUUAGUAUCGAAUUAGCUGUUAGACAUUCGCAGGGUUUUAUUUGCGACGGAAAAGGUGCAGCUUGAUCCGUUAGUUUUUUUUCUGUUGCAGAAUGCCGCGAAACAACAAAACUCCUCUCAUUCAGAAAAUAGCAAAACAAGCUUUUAUGACUUUUAAAUUUUUAAAAUGUCCCACCAAGCAAGAUAAUAGCAUUUUUGUCGAGAAACAGGCUGAACUCAACUCUUUGGUGACGGCUCUCAGGGCUGCGGAUCUGAAAAUCGCCCCCCCGGAAACCAAAGCGACAUCUGGGACGACGGAGCACCAAGCUCCCCCGGUCACCUACAUGCAUAUAUGCGAGACGGAGAUGUUCAGCAUGGGCGUGUUCCUGCUCAGGACCGGAGCCUCCAUACCGCUCCACGACCACCCGGGCAUGAACGGGAUGCUCAAGGUCCUCUAUGGCAAGGUGAGCAUCAGGUGCUUCGACAAAGUAGAGUGUGACAAACCUGUCAGUGCGGCCCCACCUCAGUUCGAUCCUCCUGUGCCUCCAUUGCAAAAAGAUUCUCUACGACGCUCCGUGCUCCGUUCAGUAGCUGAGUACUCUGAGACCAGCGGACCGUGCCUCCUUACGCCUCAACGGGAUAACCUCCACCAGAUCGAUGCGGUGGAUGGACCAGCCGCAUUCCUGGAUAUCCUGGCACCUCCGUACGAUCCGGACGAUGGACGGGAUUGUCACUAUUACAAAGUUCUGCAAAUCCAGGUUGACCCAGGAACAGGUGAAAAGGGUAAUCAGGAGCAUCAGGAAGACCAGAAGGGGAGAGAAAAUGAGAUGUGGCUUUUAGAAAUCUCUCAGCCAGAGGACUUCUGGUGUGGAGGAGAACCUUACCCAGGUCCUGUCGUCUCGGUUUGAAACCUCAAGACCGUUGGAACUAUAUGGUGACAUCCUAAAGCACUGUAACUCACUCCUCAGCAGAAAUUCAACUCAACUUCCUCAAGUGGCUUAGUAACAGAUUAUGUCGUUAUGUCGUUUUUUUGCUUGUAGACUAUGUUGCCUUGUACACACAUGGGAAUGUAAUCAGCCGACUAGCAAUUUGAAAAUGUGAGAGAAUGACGACAGAGGUGUACAAAAGCCAAAGAGUUUUGUAAAUUGUGGUGGUAGUGGCUCAGGAGGUCAGAAACCGGAAGGUUGGCGAUUCGAUCCUCACACCCUCCACCCAGUCACUGUUGUCAAGAUUCUUAACCCACCUUGCCUCCAGUGCCGCCUACACUGCUGUAUUGAAUGCGAAGGAAUGUUUAGUGGUGGUCUGAGAAGCCGUAGGUGCAAAUUGGCAGCCAUGUUUGCGUCACACUACACCAGGGUAACUGUGACUACAGAUGUAGAUUACCACCACCACUGUGUGUGAAUGAAUAAUGGCUUCACGUCAUUGUGAAGAGCUGCAUAGAUCUAAUCCAUUAUUAUUAUUAAAUGAAUUAAGAGUAUGAUUGUAAGCAUAUUUAAUCUAUACCACAUACCGAAAAAUCAAAGCAUUGGUCCACUGGACAAAAAAACACAUUCAAAGCCAAAGCUUUAAAAUAAAAUAGACACAAUUAUUAGUAUUAAUGUAAGUUUUUUUCACUUUACAUUGUGUAUUCCUUUUGCUGUAUUUCUAUUACAUGGCAUCGGCCAACAAUAAACAAGUGUUUUAAUUGCACCAGCAGUAACUUCUCUAUCUCUCAUUAAAAAACUAGUUAGAAUGUAGAACCAAAAAAGCAGUUUUGUUGGUGUUAAUGAUCCGUUGUCAGGAUCAGACACAAAACACAAUGACAUGAAGUGGCUCAUCGUGCACAUCAUGUUGACAUUAUUAUGGACAAUUCAAUAUUGUCUGCGUUAUUCCAAUUAUUGUACGGACAUGACUUAUAUAAUUCUAUGAGUUUCUUGUGUUUUUGUAGUCCUUGCUUUUUGGAUGCGCAGUAGAAUUAGUGUGGCGGCUUGUCUGUCAGCUUUCACACAAUGAUGAGAUUAUGUAUUUGUGUUUUUUUUUGUUAAAAUAUCAAUGUAUAACACCUUCAACUCUUCUUAUGCACACGCUGUACACUGUGUUUACUUUUACUGUGUUAAAUGUUUGGCUGCAGCAGUAACAUCGCUACAUUUCCUUAGCAUUCUACACUGUAAAUAUAACCAUUAAAGUCAAGCUUUA